AUGAAAGCUGCAUACACUUACACCAUCAAUGAUUUGCCAUACAGCAGUGGAGGGAUACCCAACAGAAACAGCUCCAACCACUUGUCAUCAACAACUGCAGAAGGUGCCCUACUUUUCUUUGUAGCAGUCGCCGGCAGCGUGGGAAAUCUCACCGCCAUGGUCGUGACACUCACCUGCCCUACCUUCCGUCAGAUGUCCACAGCCUUCAUCUUUCACCACUGUCUCCUGGACGCCAUAAAAUCGUGUUUCUGCAUCCCCUUUGGGUACAGUCUUCUGCAAAGCCGAGAGAUUCCCUAUUGCGAUGUCAUUGGUGCCAGCUAUAUCCUUCUGAUGACAGUUUCAGCUUACAACCUCCUGGGUCUUCUAGUCAACGAGGAAUACCAGUGCUCCUUUGCCAAGCAACCCUUUCAUAAGAAUGAUGACGCUUGUUGCAUAGCAUUCGGCGUCAUAAUCGUUUGGUUCACCACUGUUCUUCUACAUCUUGGCGUCAUCUUCCUCCCAGGAAAGUCCGAGUUCAGCAAAGAUAUCGGCAACUGCGUCUACCGGUAUGGAGUUACAAAGAACUACGUCAUCCAUGUACUGUGGGUAAUCCUAGUCUCUGGGGCUCUUUUCUUCGCUAUUUUGAACUUCUUGAACUUCUUUAGAAAACUCCAAUCUGGUCUUCAUAGCAAUAAAUGGACGUUUCUUCAUAAAUCGUUGUCUUCUUUAUCUCGCAGCUACAUACAUAAUGAUCAAAACGAAGAGGUUCACUACGAAUUUGACAAUCGAUCAUCGCAGAAAGCAAUCCAGCUGUCCCGUCAGUAUUUGAAAAGAAUCAUUAUUAUGUUGUGUAUGCUGGUUUCAUUCAUUAUCUGCUGGUACCCUUUCUUCAUUCUCAUCCUCACUGACAUCAAAUACCAACAACCGGCUCACAUCUACCGCCGACUGAUGAUGUUGGCUUGGGCCCACCCUGUAACCACGCCAAUCUUCUGUGCGAUUAUCUACCACAACACCAACAACGGACGCCGGCUGACUAAAGACGUCUAUAGCAAUGCAAUACCAAUGACGGUCUCGAGAUCCGGAGAUGCCCUUCGACAGGAGAUCAGUCAGACUCGAGUGCUUGCCUUUCGCAAUGACAACUUUCAGCCUGUGAUAAACCAUGCGAGGACACAUCCGUCACAGAACCCUAACCUGUCACAGAAUGUUAUUGUCACCGAGCCUAGCAGCCCGGAACUAAGUGACGCAACAAAUCAUAUUGAGACAAUAAUAAACUAUAACGUAGAAGAUGGCAGGUAUCAGACACUCAUUAUGUAA